AUGCGAUCCAUUUACAUCUUGGUGCUGCUGAGUUCAAUACAACAGUUUGUUCAGAGCGUGCGUCCGACACAGACCUCGAAUCAAUGUUGUGAAGUCAGGACACCGCCAACAGAUCCAAAAACUGCGGCAAGCAAAAUCAAAGAAGCUUGCGAGGUGGCUGCGUUGGACGAGGGUGAAAAUGUGACAGUUGGAACACUCCGCAAGUGCGCAGAUGAAUUGCAGAAAUAUGCCGAAACGACAAAACAGGGCAUGGUGGAGUCCAUCGAGGCGGAGAAGGAAUUUGUCAAAGAAUAUUCCAAAGCUGCACAGCAGAUAGCGAGAAUAGGCGAUGUGGACCGUCUGUGGAAAAGUGUUCAGACCGACACCAACAAAUCUUUGCAAGUGCUGUUGGGUGAUGCCGAUGAGACGGACAAGCUGGCAAAGAAGAUGCGGCCGCAGACACCGCCGGGUGAAGCGGCAGAGGGCCAAACAUCCUGA